AUGUUAGAAGGUUGGUACUGUCGUACGAUAAACGAGGAGGCGCAACAGCAGCAAAACCCUCUCGAUUCGUUCUUGAACAACGACAAUAUUGGUGACCCUCCGAUGGACAACUUUAGCAGCGCCGACGACGAUAGUGAGGAUGAGGAAUCGGGUAAUACGAAUAUAAAUUUCAAGGCGCUUUAUGGAGAUUUGAAGAAGAAUGUCAAACUUUUGGUCUAUGAAAACGUUUACUUUCAAAAGAAUCUACGAAACAGCCAGAAGCGCUUGCUAAAAAUAACCCGUGACCGCUCAUUUCUGCUUGACCGGUUGCUUGAAUAUGAGCGCCCAGAACUUUCGUCAUCCGACAGCGACGAAACGGAGGAGUCCGAUGAUUCAUCCAAGGCCGAGGCACCGCCCAAAAAGCGUAAAGUCGAGACGUUCGUCCCGCAGAGCGCUCAGCCGACGAUGAAACCGCCUGCACCCGCUAGGCGCAAUAAAAAGCCCACCAAAAAGCAGCAGCAACAACAGCAACAAGCACAUGCACAAUCGCAACAGUUGCCACACACUUCCGUGCUGUCGCAACAGUUGCCACACACUGUGGUGCAGCCGCAGCAGCAUCCGCUCAUGCAGCAAUCGCAACCUCUGCCACAUACAUCGCAUGAUAUGCUUGAUCAGUUGCAGCUGACGCCGGAAGAUCGCCUUACGCCGGAGCUGAUUGCCGGAUUGGAUCAGCAGGAGCAGGACAAGCUGAUGGAGCUCAUACAGCAGCUGCCACAAUCGCAGCAGGUGCUGCACCCACAGCAGCAGCUGCCUCAAACCCAGUUUGGGCCACCAACACAACAGCAGCUGAUGCAGUCGCAGCAGCAACCGUUGAUGCAACAGCAGCAGCUCAUGCAGUCACAGCAGCAACUACUGCACGCACAACAGCAGCAGCAGGUACUUCAGCACCAGCAACAGAUGCAGCUGAUGUCACCGCAGCAGCAACAGCAUCUGCUCCAGCAAUCCCAGCAGCAUCUGCUCCAGCAAUCCCAGCAGCAACUGCUGCAACCUGAUCAGCAGCAGUUCCAACUUCAACAGCAGCAACAGUACCAACUGCAGCAGCAACAACUGCAAGAGCAACAGCUGGAACAGUUCCAGCUCCAGCAACUGUCGCAGCAAAUGCUCUUCCCAUCGUCACAGUUCACUCAGCAGCCGACAAGAAGACGGAAUGCUUACCAGUACUCCCUGCCGAUGAUACCGCAGGUACCCACGGAUCUGCUCGCGACUAGCUCCGGUUCAGACUUGGGCUUGGACGUCCCUGGUGACGAUGUUUCUUUGGAGUGCCAGCUAACAAAGGAGGAGCUUGAGCGGCAUCUGCAGUCGCGCCAAACCAUGCCGCAGGUGAUACCGGAAGGCGAGCUACCGAUCGAGAUGUUCAACAACAACAUGUCGAACGAAUCGAACGACCAGCUGGACGAGUCGAUGCCGAGCAAUUUGGGCGGCGUUUCGCUUUCUGAUCUUAAUUUGAUGAACGUUUAG